UACACAGAUAACUUGUUAAGUACGAUGUUUCCCUAGAGGCGAGGCCUUUUCAGUGCUCAUAAUGUUCUUUAUAAUCUUCCGGAGAUAAUCCGAGUAUCUGUGGUCAAGAGUGAUAGCAGACAGUACUAGCUGGGAAAUUGUGAGAGGCGUGUUUAGACCUUACGGCCAGAAAUAUUGCUCUCACUCUUCUGUAUCCACAUAAAGACACUCAACAUGUUCUUCCUUUUCAAUCCUGUGUUGCUGUUAUGGGGAUUUUUCUUCAGUGUUGUCGAAACGAGGGCGAAAGUGCAUCGUUCAAGUGAACACCGAGUGUCUCGUCACGAUACUUCCGGCUCAGUUCUUUAUCAAGAAGGUCGGACAAGCGUAGUCUACACAUUAUCAGGAAACGACCACAACGCCCCUUGCGUUUUUCCAUUUUACUACGACGGUAAGAACUACACAUCAUGCACCUACAAGGACUGCAAACAUAACCUGCCUUGGUGCGCAACAACCAACAACUACGACAGAGAUAAGAAGUGGGGUCACUGUCAGACAGACAAGGACGUAACCGAUUGCAUUGACCUUCACAGUCGUUGCGGAACUUGGGCGAUGGAUGGCGAAUGUGUAGUCAAUGCCCCGUACAUGUGUAAAAAGUGCCCACGAUCUUGCGGCUUGUGCACCCAUGGAGGAAAUGGGCGAGGAAAACCUUGUAAAUUUCCGUUUUUCUUUAAAAACAGACUCGUGUAUAACUGUCUACGCUUUAAUAAAAAAACAUGGUGUGCGACAACAACUGACUACAACAAGGACAAGAGAUGGGGCUACUGUUUUCCUAAAUUAUAUCGUGAUAUAAGAGAAGUGAACGAGAAAUUUUUUCAUUGGGGAGAGUGUGACGAUCUAAAUGAUGAUUGUCGACAAUGGGCAAAGCAAGGAUUAUGUCAAAAGGAUCCUGAAGAAAUGCACGAAAUGUGUCCAUGGAGUUGCCACAAGUGUGCGCCUAUGAAGUUAGUUGAGAAGACAGCACGUGAUAGAAUGCCAAGAGGAUGCAGAUCGUGGGUGCGGAAUGGUGAUUGUUACCUUCACCAAGAGUUUAUGUUGCAAAACUGUAGGGAGUCUUGUAUGGCAGGGGGAUAUAAAAACGGACGCAUGUGCUUAGAUGAGGUGGCAGAUUGCCAUAACUUAGCUAGAGAAGGACUUUGCAAAAGCCGAAGUGCUAUGGGUAUUAUGAGACAAUACUGCAAAUACAGCUGCGGAUGGUGUUCUUAAAAUGUACAGAAAUUAUGUCAAAAGCUGCUCCAAGAGGCCAAAAAGUAAUUUAAAACAGUGCGUGUGGUUAAAAGCCAAUCCCUUUUGCUCGUCUACAAUAUUUCUUAGGUAUCAGUCUCUUUACUGCGGGAGACCUGGGAACCGGAGAGCUGGCUUACAGUAACUUAUUUCGUGUUCUACCGAUAUUAGCCGUUUUAUGGUCUUUCGGUUGGUUCCCUCAUUUUGGUUUUCAAUUUUCCAACAAGGAAAAACCGUUUUAAGUGGAUUUGGUUGAUCAACUCUUUCAAUCGGUCAAACCAGGUUGAAAUAAAAUGGGUAGCAACCGUUGUCGUCUCAUGCUUAUAUAAUGGUGACCGCAGGCUUUAUUCGGCGGCUUCCGCGCUCGCUAUGAACGUGAGGGGAAAAAAAAGAAAAAAAAAAGUAUUGUUAUCGUGAAAACAAGUAACGAGUAAAACUGAAAGAAAUUCGGAAUUAAAGGAAAUUCAAAAGUGUGCAAAUUAGCGAAGAAGGAGUAGGAAUCGUGCCACAAGAAGAAGAAUGAUUGGAAUUUUUUGUUUGAUAAUGACUUUUACCACAAGCUAUUUUCAACCGAAAAUAGAUGGUCAAGGGAUUUAUAUUUCGAGAUAACAACCACUUCAACCUUUAUCGGUUGCGGUUGAAACGGUUCAUCCUAAUUAGAACACGGCCUUAGAUUGUAGUUUUUUCUCCACUUCUAUGAGAUGCAAUUGGCCGCAUAAAGCCUUAAGCAGUGUAUUCAUUCUUAUCGGCUUCGCCCCGGAGUAAACGCUGCAUCUAAGAGGCCGCCGUCGCCUAAAGGUGAGGCGCCUUUUCGGUUAAUGUAACCGUCUCUUCAUUACCGCUGGGUUCCAAUAUAUAUGGAAUUUUCGCAUAACUUAUUUCCGCUUUUAAGGCCGAUAAUUUCAUCUUUGACAACGGUGUACUGCCCCGUUACUAAAAAAGUUAGGUUACUUUUUUUCUCCUCUAAGGAUAGAAAGCGAAUGCUGUGUGUUUGUUUAGAAUAAGCUGUUGACAUCAUUUGGGAACUCGAAAUCAUUUAAACAGCGCUUGCAUUUGAAUACCCAAGCAAUAUUUUUUAUCUGAUAAUGGGUAGAAAUAAUAAAAAGGGUUAAUAUUUUACUGUAUGUGAACACAAAUAUUUUAAGCAACGGAUUCAACGCGUCCCAAACGCAUAAAAUUGUUUAUGAAUCAUGCAGAGAGAUAUGCUAUUAGCAGCCUUAGAAGGCGAGUAAAGAAGCAGUUAUGGCCUUGUAUGCUAUUCGAUUCUACCAAUAACUCGAGUAUUUGUGCCUUUGAUCCAUAUUUUUUUUAAUUAGUAAAGGUCAAAGCGAUGCUUAAAUCUUGUUUAUAAAUCAUAAAUUGAGCAAUGCAAGAAGUGUUCGCAGAUACUCUGACUCCUUGACGUGAUGCCCUCCUAUCAGUAAAAUACAUUUCCCUU